UAGUUGCAUGUAUAUCCUAUUCCUACCAAACAAUCUAGGGGAAACUUGUGGUGGGAGAUGUGUAUAAAUUAUAGAGACAUGAGAGAAAGAAAAAGGGUGAAAUGGUGAUAAGAAAAGUGAUGAAUCUUGGGUUGGUGAUGACUGAUGAGGUGAUGAAGAAGAAGAUAAGGGGGAAAAUGAACAGUGCAGGCGGGUGAAAAUGGUAAAGAAGCGAAGUUGAAAAAAAGGAACAAAAAAAUAAAAGGGAGGGUUUGCGUGGCACUAGGGAAGGGAACCCCAUCGAACCAUAGGGUCUAGCAGGUGACCAUUUCUUGUGUGGGUCCUUGGCUUUGCUUUCUCUCUCAAUGCUUAUAAGUUGUGUAUGAGUCAUUGGGAAAUGAUGAAGAAAAAUGUUGCUUGAUCCGGAAAUAGCUACUAGCGAAAUAGCAAUAGCGAUAGCAAGUCUCUCAAGGAGCAUGACCCCCUCCCUACCUCUUUCCUGCUCAGCUAAGUGCUUCUCACUGUCCCAUCUUCAAAAACCCGCAGUCUCUCCAUUCAAUAUUUCUUCAACAUGUCUCUCUGCAGAGAGAGAACAAAAAAGGAACAGGUCACUUCCCAUUGCUUUUUCUUCUAUUUUGCUUCCAGAUAGAAGCUGCUCGCUCCCAAUCCCUAAAACCUCUCUCUCCAUUCAUCACUUUCACUUCAAUUUUCCCUGUUGGGCAGCAAACAACUAGAACCCCCCUGUUUUCUGCCUGUCUUUAAUUUGCUUCCAAAAUAAAGCCUUCCUUGCCCCCUCCAAUAUAACCACACUCACUCACUCACUCUCUCUCUCUCUCUCUCCCUCCCUCCCUAGUUAUAUUGUACUUUUCCUUUGUACGUUUAAAGACACAAUCCGUGGCGGAGUUAGUUAUAGCUCUCUAGUGACUCUAAGUCACCACUAAAAAAGAAUGACUGAGCCGCAAAAUUCAGAGACAGAAAGCAGCUCCAACUCAUUCUCUUCUCCCUCACUAUCACCCUCAUCUCCAGGGUCAACUCACUCACCUCCUAACUCGGUUCCUAGCUCAACUACCACCGUAAACGCGAAACAGACCACGUCAUCAGAUUCUAAAAAGAUCAAGAGAAUGAGGGAUUCAAGCAAGCACCCAGUUUACCGUGGCGUCCGAAUGCGAAACUGGGGCAAAUGGGUGUCCGAAAUCCGCGCACGCAAAAAAUCCCGCAUUUGGCUCGGUACUUUUCCUACCCCUGAAAUGGCAGCUCGUGCACACGACGUGGCCGCUUUAAGCAUCAAAGGCAACUCGGCUAUUCUCAACUUCCCUGAACUCGCUAACUCUUUACCCCGACCUGUGUCUUUAGCUCCCCGUGACGUCCAAGCUGCGGCAGCCAAAGCAGCCCAAAUGGACAAGUUUGACUCUCCGACACCUUUCACGACAUCGUCCACAUUGUCAUCGUCGUCAUCGUCGUCUUUGGUUUCUCAGAUGGACUUGUCGUCAGGGUCAGACGAGUUAAGCGAGAUAGUGGAGCUGCCAAGCCUUGAGACGAGUUAUGACUCGGUUGAGUUGAAGAAUGAGUUUGUGUUUGUGGACUCAGUGGAUGGAUGGUUUUAUACUCCACCCUGGCUUCAAAGCGUGGACGACUGUGGGUAUGUUUGCGAUCAGUUAGGAGUGCCAGAGAGUAUCUUACAGAAUGGUUUCGAUGAAGGUUUGCUAUGGGAUUAUUAGUGUUUUUUCUUUACUUCUUUUUCUUCUUGUGUUGUGAAUGUGGUGUGUAUCUUUGCUUUUUCUUUUUUGGGUUUCCUUUUUUCCCGGUUUUAAGCCCUUUUACUUUUUCUUUGAAGGGCUAAAACUCUGUCCCUCUUCCUCUGUUUAUGUGAUCUUUUUUCCAAUGAAUCCCACUGUACAGAGUUUAGAAUGGGAAGAAGAGGAAAGUGUCAUAAAUUCCUUCCCUUCUGGUUGGUGUAAAACACUUUGAGGCUUUAAAAGCCUUUCUCUCUCUCUCUCUCUCUCUCUCUCUAAGGGAGCAUAAGACAAAGCUUUAAAACUAGUUCAACAAUGAAAA